ACUAACGGGGAAAAGGCGCAGAGGAAAAUUCAAUGGAGGUGGUCGAAAAAUACGUAACCGACUUGUGAAAUGAAGACCACGGCAAACCAUUUUCGUAUUUCACCUCGGUCAGUACGGUCUCAUAUUUUCUUCCUUCUCGCUACUCAGAUCCACCUUGUUGCAGUUUUGAUCGAAAAGAAAAAGUUCAAACAAGAAAUGUAUCUACGGCAAUAGACAAUAGUGUGUCGUUAUGGCGAAACUUAUAUUGUGCAAUGUUCAUAUUUUAUAACGCAUAUGUAAUAAAUCUUUCUUAAAAUCAAUUAAAUUUGUGUUACGUGGAGUUUCUAGUGAACCUUUAGUGAAAUUUUAGUGGUUUUUAGUGAUUUUUGGAAGAAAUUGUAGUAACACUUGAAUUGCAGUGAAGGUGAAAAGAGUGGUCGUAAUUAGUCUUUUAAUUGGGUUGCAUAACAUAAAUUGUUUUAAGACCGAAAAAAAGUUGCAGAAAGGAGGAACUCUUCCGUUUUUUCGGACCAUUUAUGCUGACCUAGAUUCGAAAUAUCUCUUUCAAAACCGGCAUAAUGACUGCAGUUGAAGUACGAAAUGGCUACAAAUUUUAUGGACGUGCAAAAGAUCCUAACAAGAAAAUUAUACUCAAUUAUUUAAACAUGAAUGUUGCACACGGAUCAAUUUAUGGGUUACUUGGAGCAUCUGGCUGUGGUAAAACAACACUUCUAUCAUGUCUCGUAGGACAGCGUCAAUUAAGCAGCGGUCAAAUUCGUGUGCUAGGCAUGAAACCUGGAAAUCCUGGGAGUGGUGUACCUGGACCCAGAAUAGGAUAUAUGCCACAAGAAAUCGCUCUUGUGGAAGAAAUGACUGUAAAAGAGACAAUUUUCUACUUUGGUCGUAUAUAUGGGCUAGAUGAUGACGAGGUUCAAGACAGAUAUAAAAUACUGCGAGACCUUCUUGAACUACCUCCUUCAGGCCAACUAGUUCGUAAAUGCAGUGGUGGGCAGAAGAGACGAGUUUCGUUUGCCUGUGCAAUGGUACAUGAACCGGAGCUUCUUAUCCUGGAUGAACCCACGGUUGGAUUGGAUCCCAUACUUAGAGAAAAAAUUUGGCAGUUUUUAAUCGAAAAAACAAAGAAUAGUAAAUUGGCUGUGAUCAUAACAACACAUUAUAUUGAGGAGGCUCGGCAAGCAGAUUGUAUCGGUCUGAUGAGAAAUGGCAUUUUACUUGCUGAAGACACUCCAACAAAUAUCAUGAUCCGAUUUGAAAGUAACUCCAUUGAAGAUGCUUUUCUUCUUUUGAGUCAACGGCAGGGAACAUCAGAGGAGGCUGAUCGUAGGACAUUCAUCAGAGAAAAACUGUCAGCAAUUGCUUCACCUGACCUAAAGGAAAAAAAUGAUGACGUCAUCAUCCCUGAGAUAGAAAGAAAGGACUCUAUUAGGAGGAGCAAGUGCUCACAGGAUCGAAAAGUCGAACUACGAAAUAAAAUCUUUUUCACAUCGAAAAGUCGAAUGAAAGCUUUACUAACGAAAAACUUGGUCCAAUUAACGAGGCAACCAUCUGGCAUUAUCUUUAUGUUUUUAUUUCCUAUUCUGCAACUAUCAUGUUUCUACCUAGCCAUUGGUAACGAUCCAAAAGAUUUGAAUUUGGGUGUAGUCAAUUACGAAAUUGACGACCCCAAAUAUUGCUUUAAUGAAUCUCUAGUCACUGCUUUGAGCGCUGAGGAUACGUGUAAUUUCCAUAAAAUCUCGUGUCGAUAUAUAAAUGGUUUCGAUUCAACACUUGCGAAAAAGGUCUAUUACAAAACAACCGAGGAAGCUCUCUUAGCGGCGAAACGAACGGAUGUUAUUGGUUAUAUUGAAUUUGCAAGGAAUUUCUCUGAAUCAAUGCAAAGAAUAAUCGAUGAUGGUCGCUUCACAGAUGAGGAGUCGUUUAUGAGUAGUGAGCUGAAAGUUCGAAUUGAUAUGUCGAAUCAACAGAUCGCCUUUUUCGUGGAACGUCGAUUGCGGGAGGUCUACCAACAAUUCAUUGAAGGCUUGAUGGUGGAUUGUAAGCUACCUAAAAAUUUGGGCAACAUACCAGUUCAAUUCCGAGAUCCUAUUUUCGGCUCGUUCCAUGAGGAGUACAGGGAAUUCAUUGCACCAGGAGUUGUCAUGACAAUUAUUUUCUUCUUAGCUACCCUUAUAACGGCCGCAGUUUUUAUAACAGAACGAUCAGAUGGAAUCUGGGACCGGACUUUAGUAGCAGGUAUUUCGACUUUUGAAAUGUUGGUGGCACACAUCUUUCUACAAUCAGGGAUCAUGUUCUUUCAAUGUUUGGAAGUUAUAUUCUACAUAGCUCUUGUUUUCGACGUUACAAACCACGGUGAUAACCUCUCCGUUAUUAUUCUUCUUACGUUAACUGGAUUUUCAGGAAUGCUUUUUGGUCUUUUAAUAUCUGUCUACUGUAAGACCCAUACUAUGGCGAAUUUCGUAGCAACCGGGGCUUUCUAUCCAAUGAUCAUGUUAUGUGGACUCCUGUGGCCCAUUGAAGGAAUGCCAGGAAUCUUACGCGAUGUAGCUUUACUAUUCCCAUUCACAAUACCCACAGUAUCAGUGCGAAAUAUUCUCUCGAAAGGAUGGUCCAUCACAAACUACCAAGUGUACAAUGGUUUCUUGAUAAUGUUAUUGUGGAUAACGUUAUUGUUUAUAUGUUGUAUAAUCGGUUUGAGGCGAAAAGGUUAAAUUUGAUUGUAUUAUACCUAACGAUAGCUUUUAGUAGAUUUAGACUAAGAGGGUAUUAUAAUUUAUACGUUUUUAUGUUGUGAUCUUUUAUUGUUUUAAUAUAAAAGAACUAUCAAAAAUUA